AUGCCAGCCAUCGACGACUAUACAUGCCCUGCCUGCAAGACAAUAUUUGAUACAACACACGGCAGAGACUCGCACCUUCGGCAGUCAUCGAAAUGCUCUUGGUAUCGUGCCGGCAAGAUCGCGGAGUGGGCCGCCUACACCAUAGAAGAGCUACGGGAUGAGCCUUUAGAGGAUGUAUCACGUAUUGUACUCGAUGAUCAAGACUUAUUCCACUUCAUUCCACCCACCGUUCUGCCCAAUGCUCCCCCUUCGGCGCCCCCUACCGAUGUAGACAUCGGAGAAGCUGGGCCAGGCCCUUCCACGCAAGCGUACCGGGAUACCCUAUCCCCCGAGCCGGACCCUGACCUCUACUCACGCAUCAUCGACGAGGACACAACCGCCGGUCAUGUCGUUCGAAUGGCUGACAAGCUGCAUGAUCUCUGGAGGCAGCAAUUCAGUGCUGGCGGAGGCUCAAGUCAGGAUGAUGGGACGCUUCCCUUCACGCCUUUCGCAUCCGAAAUGGACUGGCGGAUCGCGCACUGGGUCAUUACAGACAACAUCGGGCAUGCUUCGUUGGAUCGGCUCCUUGCCAUCCCUGGGGUCUGCGAGUCUCUCGGCCUCUCCUUUCACAACACUCGAUCCUUGCAUCAAAAUCUCGACGAAAUCCCACUUCGCGCCGGCUCCUGGUCCACGAAAAUACUCCGCUUCCGGGAUCGCCCCGACGACGCCCACCUUAUCCGUAUGCGCGAUCCCGUCGAGGCAGUGCGGAGCCUCUGGGGGGAUCCUACCCUUGCCAAACAUCUGGUCUACCGCCCGCAGAAGAUCUUCGACAGUGCAAAGCGCGACAAUCGCUUCUUCUCUGAGAUGUGGACAGGCGACUGG